CUGGAAUAAAGCAAUACUUGAAGUGAGUGCCAAAAAAAAAGAUAAAAGAAAAGGAAUUUCAGAAGCACAACCGUUUGCAGGAGUAAAAUAUUACUCUUGUCAUUAAACAGCUGGAUUAUUAAAUUGGAAGAUGUCAGAAAAACGCAGAGUUUUGAUGAUCUGUUUAGGAAAUAUUUGUCGAUCGCCAAUAGCAGAAGCAGUGUUUGCGGAUUAUAUAUCAAAAAAUAAUUUGACAGACACUUGGGAAGUGGAUAGUGCAGCAUUGAUUGGAUAUCACACCGGCAAAUCUCCUGAUCAUCGAGCCAUGUCCACGUUGAGGGACAGUGGAAUAACAAAUUAUUCUCAUCGUGCUAGGCCGAUAACAGAGGAUGACUUUAACAAGUUUGAUUGGAUCUUUGGAAUGGACCGUCAGAACAUCACUGCACUUGAAGAGAUGCAGCCUGUUGGGAGCAAAGCUAAGAUUGAACUACUCGGCUAUUACGAUCCCAAAGGAGAGACGCUCAUCAGAGAUCCAUAUUAUGACAGCCAUAGUGAUGGAUUCCUCAAAGCUUAUCAGCAAUGUGUGAGAAGCGUUGAAGCAUUCCUCCAAAACCAUAAAAAUUAAUGGUAAAAUUCUGAAAUCCAACAAUGUUAAUAAUAAUUCAUUACCACGAGCAUAAGCUGUAAAUAAAUUCUAAUAUUUUGAUUCUGAAAAGUGCAUUUAGUGGCGCCACGUGUGAUUUAAUUAUUGCACUUUACGUUGCAAUAUUCUAAUCAGAAUUCUGAGAUUAAACAUCCCAUCCUAGAUUCAAAUCGUGGAGAAGAAUUUCUGUCCUAAAUAAAUAAAAAGGAAAAUAAAUAGUUCGUUGAUUAAGUAACGAAAACAGAAACAAAUAUGUCUGAUCAGACAAAAGUAUUAAUGGUCUGUUUGGAUCUCCAAUGGCAGAAGCUAUUUUCAUCAAUUAUAUAACAAAAAUGAAUCUUCCGAGCCGUUGGCGUGUCGACAGUGCUGCGUUGAGGGA